ACUUUUGCCAUAAGGAGACAACAGUAUGGAAUAAGAUGACAACACAAGGCUGCAGCCAUGCCAGCUCCUCCCUGGUGAGGGCCCACUCCUGGUGCAGCCAGACACAGCCCAGGCCUCUCCUUGCCCACAGCCCCUCAGGACAGCUCUGUGGGUCCCACCACUGGUGGCUCUGGGACAGAGAAGCAACAAGAGAGAUCAGCCUUUACAGUUGCCUUCAGCAGUUUCUGCUCAGGCUGCUCCCCCUGCCAGGGCAGCACCACCAACCAUCACUGAGAUGCCACCUGCAAUGUCCCCAGAGCACAGGCACCACAGUGAUAUGCCAGAACAUUCCAUUGGAACCUGCUGUCUGUUGGUGCCAGUUGUUCUUUGCCUGCCAGCUGGUGGGACACAGCCAAGCUGUCCAGGGCCAUGGCCGCAGAGCGAGAGUUCUCAUCCCUGCGCUUUCCACAGAAGCUUUGGAAAAUGCUGGAAAGUAGCAAGUUUCAGUCAAUUUGGUGGAGUGAGGGUGGAAAAUGUGUGGCCAUCAACAAGGAUCUCUUUGAAGUGGAGGUGCUGGGCAGGGAAGGACAGCAGGUCUUCCACACCCAGAAAAUGAAAAGUUUCAUGCGACAGCUGAAUGCAUAUGGAUUCACCAAAGUGCAGCAGAAUUUCCAAAGAUCUGCCUCUCUGCCCGAAUUCCUGGCAGAGGAAGCAGCAGCUUCUGCUCACAGCCAGGAAGAUCCAUCCCUGGAGAGGCACUUCAAAGGCCACAGAGAUGCUGUCACUAGUGUGGACUUCAGUCGUGCUAAAAAACAAUUGGCAAGUGGCUCAAUGGAUUCGUGCCUGAUGAUCUGGAGCAUGAAGCCUCAGAUGAGAGCCUAUCGCUUCUUGGGCCACAAAGAUGCAGUGUUGUGUGUCCAGUUCUCACCCUCUGGUCACCUCGUGGCUUCAGGCUCUAGAGACAAAACAGUCCGUUUGUGGAUCCCUAGUGUCAAAGGAGAAUCGACUGUGUUCAAGGCUCACACGGGAACCGUGAGAAGUGUUCAUUUCUCCAGCGAUGGCCAGUCCUUAGUUACAGCUUCUGAUGACAAAACCAUCAAAGUGUGGACGGUUCACAGGCAGAAGUUUCUGUUCUCACUGAGUCAGCACAUCAACUGGGUUCGCUGUGCCAGAUUCUCUCCUGAUGGACGAUUGAUAGUGUCAUCCAGUGAUGAUAAAACUGUCAAGCUGUGGGACAAAACCAGCAGAGAGUGCAUCCACUCCUUCUGUGAGCAUGGAGGGUUUGUGAACCACGUGGAUUUCCAUCCCAGCGGGAACUGCAUUGCCGCGGGCAGCACGGACAGCACCGUGAAGCUCUGGGACGUCAGGAUGAACAGAUUGCUGCAGCACUACCAAGUGCACAGCUCUGUGGUCAACAGCCUUUCCUUUCAUCCCUCUGGAAACUAUCUGGUUACUGCUUCCAGUGAUUCAACUCUGAAGAUUCUGGACUUGUUAGAAGGAAGACUUCUCUAUACUCUGCAUGGUCACCAGGGACCAGCUACCUGUGUAGCAUUUUCAAGAGAUGGAGACUUAUUUGCCUCUGGAGGUUCUGAUGAACAGGUGAUGGUGUGGAAGACCAACUUUGAUGCUGAUUAUGGUGAGGCAGUGAAACCCCAGAAAUACUGCAGCAGUGUGGAUGGGACCCAUGGCACUGGGUCAGAAAUGGAUGGUGGCAUUCAUCAUAAGAAAACAAAAACUCAGGAUUCUGUUAGGACCCAUGAGCAGCAAGAGGAGGAGAACAGUCUUGCAAAUACCCUGGAGCAUAUUAUGGGACAGCUGGAUGUUCUGACUCAGACAGUUUCCAUCCUGGAGCAGAGGCUGACACUCACUGAAGACAAGCUGAAGGAAUGUCUUGAGACUCAGCAGAAAAUCAUUCAGAACAAAACAAACUGAUUUCCUGAGAUCAGACAGGAGCUGCAGGAGUUGGGAGGUUUGAGGUUGUGUAUGUUCCUAACAGACUGUGUGUGACUUGCUUUUACAAUUUUGAGCACAAUCUAUUUUUCAAUUGGAAUGUAUAGUUACUGUAUCUGUAAAUAGCUUUGUUACUUCACUAAAAUAAAAGCAAUAUUUUAUUCCUAA